UCAGAAACAAGCACGCUAGAAAAUGAUUGAGAUGGGGAAUCAAAUAAAUACCUCAUGGUGGUCCUGUCUACCUGGAAGCAUCUCUCAGCUUUUUCGUCUGACUGUUGGCUUGAUCCUUACCUGUGUGGUUCUGAUGAUUAUCCACCUAUUUCAGAGAAGGCAAAAACUACUCAAUGCGUUCAGAGAUUUCCCAGGUCCCCCUGCUCAUUGGCUCUAUGGCCAUAUCUACAAGUUGAAAAAUGGAGAUGAACUGCAAAGCAUGACAAAAUGGACUGAAACAUUUCCAAGAUGUUUUCCUUUGUGGUUUGGAAAGUUUUCAAGUAUCUUGAUCAUCAACCACCCUGAUUAUGCCAGAGCAGUCUUCAGCAGAGGCGAUCCUAAACAUCCCCUAAUGUAUAGCUUCUUCAUUCCAUUGACUGGAAAAGGUUUAGUAAUACUGGAUGGGCCAAAGUGGCAACAUCACCGGAAGCUCCUCACCCCAGGGUUCCAUUAUGAUGUUCUGAAGCCUUAUGCAACUCUAAUGGCUGAAUCAGUUAAAGUAAUGCUGGAUAAAUGGGAAAAAAUCGUCUCAGAAGAUCCAGAAGGAUCAGUGGAGAUACAUAAAGACGUUGCCCUGAUGACCUUUGACAGCAACAUGAAAUGUACCUUCAGUUUCCACAGCAACUGCCAGUUGGAUGGGGAUAAUCCCUAUGUUAAAGCUACACUUGAACUCAGCAAUCUGAUUGACCAGAGAAUGAAGACACCUCUUUACCGAAGCAAUUUUCUUUACUGGUUUACCUCUCCGGGGCGUCGAUUCCGCAAAGCCUGUAAAGUAGCUCACUGCCACACAGAUAGAGUAAUAAGAGAGCGACAGAAGUCACUGAAGGAUAACAAUGAAGGAGUCCAAAAGAAGAAGCACCUGGAUAUUCUAGAUAUUCUUCUUUUGGGAAAGGAUGAAAAGGGACAACCGUUGCCUCAUGAGGAUGUACGUGCAGAGAUUGAUACUUUCAUGGCUGCAGGCCCUGAAACCCUAACUAGUGCAAUCUGUUGGCUCUUCUACUGCAUGGCCCAAAAUCCUGAGCAUCAACAGAAGUGCAGGGAAGAGGUUAAAGCACUCCUAGGGGACCAAGACACUAUUAAAUGGGAUGAUCUGAAGAAAAUGACAUACACCACCAUGUGCAUUAAGGAGACGCUUCGACUUUAUCCUUCAAUAAGUCUACUGCUUCGAUUACUGAAGUCACCUUUGACUUUUGAGGAGGGUCGAACUCUCCCACAAGACCUCCUGGUUGGAAUAAGUAUAUAUGGCAUCCACAGAAACCCUGAAAUAUGGAACAAUCCUGAGGUAUUUGAUCCCAUGAGAUUUUCACCAGAGAAUUCACAUUUGCGCCGUCCCUAUGAUUUUAUGCCUUUCUCUGUUGGUCCAAGGAACUGCAUAGGACAGCAGUUUGCCAUGAUAAAAAUGAAGAUCACUCUUGCUUUGACUUUGCUCAAGUUUGAGCUGGAACCGGAUCUAGCAAAGCCUGCAAUUCCUGUGGUUCAGAUUUCCAUACAUCCUGAGAAUGGGAUGUACCUGAAGCUGAAGAAACUGCCUUGAUACAUCAUGAUGCUGCUAAAUGCAUCCAGCAAAGUUGGUCGUGUCCCUCCUGAGCUGGUGCCGAAAUUCUCAAGGCUACCCUCUCAAAAACCCACAGUUCCAGCUGUGGACAUCAACCCAGAACAUUUUCCUCAGCAGAAAAAAAGCACUGAAAGGACAAUGCCACCCCAACAAUCUAUUUAAAAAAUCAUAGACGUGGAAAUUAAAUUUUCCUGAGAAACUUUAGUAUUUGAAAAAUAUAUCAGAAAAAAGCGACAUUGAUUAAGUAAUACCUCUUGCAUUCAGAGAUUCCAGUCUUUCUUCUUCUCAUCCUGCUGUCAUUAAUCCUGUUGUAAUCCUGGGUAUUACAGCUAACACAAUGCCUUAACGCAACAACAAUGAUCAAUUAACAGAUUGUUUGCCUUAAUUAUAAUUCAGACACAACUGCAGUGGCAAGAAGAACCACCAACUGCCUUUUUACUUCAAACUGUAGAAAAUACCAAAGGAGAGAACUUGAGUGUCCUUCAGGUUGCUCUGUCUUUCAGAAAUCCUGUGAAGAUUUUGAGCAAAUGUCAGGUUAUCACUCUGUUGCGGAUUCUUAGACAAGAUAUGAUGAUGGUUAUAGUCAUUAUUUUGAACUUGUGGGGUUGAUCUGAUUGUGAUACAGAAAUAAAGGGAUGGCAGGUAUCUGAGAUAGAAAUAUAAGAGGGUUGUAAUUAAUCUGAGAGGUCAUGCUUUCAUUGUAUUAUUCUGUCUGUU